CGCACACUCUUUAGUAGUUUAAUGAACUAAAGAGAAAGAGAGAUCUGAGGAAAAUUUCUUGCAAAUCUCUCAUUUUCUCUCCCAAGGAAAAGACAUUCAAUUUUAGUCAAACAAUGGCCUUUCUGUUUGGGAGGAAGAGAUUACCUGAGCCACAGGAUGAUCAAGCUGCUGAUGCGGCCGUCUCCAAUGGCACUGUGACCUCAAAUGGAAACCAUUCUGUUAAGAACUCGUCUGAUAUGGCUAUUUAUGAGCAGUACCAAAAGCAGAAUACGAAUCAGGUGCUCUCUAAUGGUUUGGUAGCUAACGGAUCUGAUUCAAGACCGCAAAGGCCUCUUCUUCCUGCUUUCGAAACUGCAGAAAUGCGUGCUUUGGGGGAGAGUUUGAGCAGGGACAUUGUUCGAGGGAGUCCUGAUGUGAAGUGGGAAAGCAUCAAGGGAUUAGAGAACGCCAAACGUUUGCUUAAAGAAGCAGUUGUUAUGCCAAUAAAAUAUCCCAAGUACUUUACGGGUCUUCUUUCACCAUGGAAGGGUAUUCUCCUCUUUGGCCCCCCAGGGACGGAAAGGUAUACAAUGCUAGCAAAGGCUGUUGCAACAGAAUGCAAGACAACAUUUUUCAAUAUUUCAGCAUCAUCUGUAGUCAGCAAAUGGCGUGGUGAUUCUGAGAAGCUAAUAAAAGUACUUUUCGACCUAGCUAGGCACCAUGCACCGUCUACCAUAUUUCUUGAUGAAAUUGAUGCCAUCAUAAGUCAGCGUGGCGGUGAAGGGAACAGCGAGCAUGAAGCAAGUAGGCGAUUGAAGACCGAGCUACUUAUACAGAUGGAUGGUUUGACACGGUCAGAUGAGCUCGUGUUUGUCUUGGCAGCAACAAACCUGCCUUGGGAAUUGGAUGCAGCCAUGCUCCGUCGUCUAGAGAAGCGAAUCCUUGUUCCCCUCCCAGAACCAGAAGCGAGAAGAGCAAUGUUCGAAGCACUCCUGCCUGGAGAUAAUGGUGAGGAGGCUCUUCCUUAUGAUACAUUAGUGGAAAGAUCAGAUGGUUAUUCGGGUUCGGAUAUUCGAUUAGUCUGCAAAGAAGCUGCCAUGCAACCAUUGAGACGUUUAAUGAGAGACCUUGAGAAUAGCUUGGAAGCAGUGCCCGACCAUGAGCUGCCAAAGGUUGGGCCAAUUACUCCUGAUGACAUAGAGACUGCUUUGAAGAACACGAGACCAUCAGCUCAUUUACACGUUCAUCGUUAUGAGAAGUUCAAUGCAGACUAUGGCAGUCAAAUACUCGAAUGAUGGCCGUUAUGCAGACCAUGGCAAUCGAAUAAUCUAAUGAGGCAGCAAGCCACCAUGGUCGGCACCCUAAUUGUUAGUUGCAAUUUUCCAGAUUUUCAUAUUCCUUAGGUUUCUUAUCAAUGCCUUGUUAGAGUGAGUUUUGUUUACGAAGCCUAGAAUAUUUUCACAAAUAAUACGUCAAGAAACAGUUGUUUAAACAUGGAGUUCCAAAUUUCAAUGAUUUUUAACACCAAGAACAAAAAUAUCCAGAAACAAGUUUCCUGCAACUUCAAGAAGACAAGAUCCCACA